CUUCAAGUUUGAGAAACACCUCCGUGACGCACAGGAGGAGACCCUGAGAUAAUAAGAGAAAUCCACUGCUUUAACCCAUUGAUCUGAAGGAAUCUGGAACACAACAUCUCAGUUUUUGGCUCCCUCAUAAGAUGAUGUUUGAGGAAGAGAUGCAGGACGAGUCCAGCUCCCCGGAGUCGCCAGUGGACAGUCUGGGAAACAGCGAGGAAGAGCCCGACAGGCAACCGCAGAAAAGAUGCGGCAGGAAAAGACGACCGAGCAGAAAACGCGGAGAUGAUUCCGACAGCCCGACGCCCGUAAAACGAAGCAAGAAAUGCAGCAACAGCAGCAGUAACAGCAGCAGCAGCAGCAGCCCACAGUCUCUGGAGGACCUACAGACGCAGCGCGUCAUGGCGAACGUGCGCGAGCGUCAGAGGACUCAAUCUCUGAACGACGCGUUCACGUCCCUGCGCAAAAUCAUCCCAACGCUACCCUCCGACAAACUCAGCAAAAUACAGACUCUUAAACUGGCCGCCCGCUACAUAGAUUUUCUCUGUCAGGUUUUGCAAAGCGACGAGCUGGACGCGAAAAUGUCCAGCUGCAGUUAUGUGGCGCACGAGAGACUCAGUUACGCGUUUUCUGUGUGGAGAAUGGAGGGCGCGUGGUCCAUGUCAACAUCCCAUUGAUGCGUGGAUGCACACUUUGCAUGAGUCGUCCAUAAGCACGGAGUCCAUGGCAUUCGAGCCACUGGAAAGGAGCAACACAAAAUAAUUGGGAAAUACGGAUUAUAACGGGAAAUUCUGGAGCAUCACUGCCAGCACUUACAAUCGUGAACAAUGAGAUUGGACCUGCAGGAUUUACAAUCAGAUCUGUGCUUGCAAUUGCAAAUCUGCAGUACUGACGAUGAAUGUGGAAAACUUCUGUGCUUCUGUAUAUGCAUGUCUUGCCAACUUUAAUUUCAACAGGGACACACAUGCAAACAGAGACAUCGAAUUUCUGAGAUGACAGCAAAGCGCAUGUCGUCAUAUUUAUUUCUUAAAGAAAGUGUUAUUCUUAAAACAGUGUUAUUCUGAAUCUGACAUUUUCUUUGUAUGGUCCUAGAAAAGACGUUUAUUUAUUUAUUAAUGAUUGUCACAAUGCAGAAUAGAUCUGGUGUCUACAGGCAUUACUAUUACAGUGUAAAUACGUGUACUAUAUUUUCUGCAA